UUAGUGGCCAGCUUUCUUAAUUGGAGAACAUUGACUUGACCUAGAGUAGCUGAAGUCUUUGGAUUCUUCCAACUAUAAACUGAACAUAAUAGCAAUGCAAUUUUGUGAUAAAUCAGAGGAAAAGAAAGAGAAGAAAAGCUAAAAUCAAUGGCUGUUUUGCUAUGGUUAUUAUUCCUAUCUGCAUUUCAUGCAGUAGCAGUAGCACAACAAAGAAACUUCAAUAUAACUCCUGGUUCUUCUCUAACACCUACUGCCAAUUCGUCAUGGUUUUCACCCUCAAGGCGUUUUGCCUUUGGGUUUUAUGAGCAAACCAAUGGCUAUGCUGUUGGAAUCUCCAUCAUCGGCAUGUCUAAGAAGACAGCUGUGUGGACAGCAAACAGAGACAGUCCUGCUGUCCCAAGCAGCGCUGUCUUGCUCUUAACUACUGAUGGAGGGCUCAUUGUACAAGUAGGCCAAGAAAUCACUGUCAUAAAUCCCUCUCAAUCCAUUGCUUCAGAUUCCAUGCUGGACACUGGUAACUUUGUGCUCUAUAAUUCUGCUCACAAUAUCAUAUGGCAAAGUUUUGACAACCCGACAAACGCCAUUUUACCUGGUCAGCAUCUCUCUGCUGGCCAAGAGCUGUUCUCCAGUGCCUCGGAAGAAGAUGACUCGUUUGGGAUUUUCCGUCUCAAAAUGCAAAGGGAUGGAUACCUCGUUCAGUACCCUGUCCAGACACCAGACACCAGACACUGCCCCAUAUGCUUACUUCGAAAGACACAUCGAUGGAGUAGGGAAUAAUGUUACACUGAAUCUUGACGAUGAUAGCCUCCUCUACUUAACAAAUUCCACUCGCAGUCUCAAAAAUCUAACCAAGGGAGGCCAUCCUAGAGAAAGGACCAUCUAUUUGAUGAAAAUUGAUGUUGACGGUAUUCUUAGAGUCUAUUCACAUUCUCUGAGUCAACAGAACAGCUCUGCAAUAUGGUCAUCAACAGAUAAUAGAUGUGAUCCAAAAGGCCUUUGUGGGCUUAACGGUUAUUGUAUCAAUAUAGAUGAUCAAGUUAACUGUGCGUGUCUUCCAGGAUUUGAUCUUGUAAAGCCAGGCAAUUGGAGCGCAGGCUGUGAAAGAAAUUUCACUGCAGAAACCUGUCGGUUAAAGGAGAAGACUUCUAAAUACUAUGCCAUGAGAUCAGUUGAGAACACAAGAUGGAAAGAUACCUCUUAUGCUACUUUGGUCACAACAACAAAAGAAGAUUGUGUACAAGCCUGUUUACAGGAUUGUAAUUGUGAGGCUGCUCUAUUCAAAGAUAGAGAGUGUAGAAAGCAGGGGCUGCCACUGAGAUAUGGAAGAAGAGACAUGACUGAUUCUAAUCUAGCAUUGGUCAAGGUGCGCAUUAAUGUGUUUGCAGACGAAGGGUUGUUUAACCAGGUUGAAGAAACAAAGGAGAAAAGCUAAGGAUGGACACCCUAAUUGCCGGCAUUACAUUGGCUGCUUUUGCUUUCUUGGUGUUGGGCAUCUCCGGAUUCCUCAUUCACAGGAAUCAUGUCUGGACUAGAGUAGAAG